AUGUCUGUCUCUGAUCUUUCUACCAUUGGAGGUGUAAAGAGUAUUUGUGCCCCGAAUGAGUUGCAAAGGUGGUACUUGGAGCUAAUUAAUUAUAAUAUCCAUGUUGCUCGAAGCACUUAUACCAGGUACUACUUCUCUCUUCGUGACUUGGCGUUCAGGCAUGGCCUGCGUUUGUCAUCUUCCCUUCUUGACAGAGAAAGAGCAUGGGAUCUGAAGGCUUUAUCAAGGAUGGAUCAAGAAGAAAUGUUCUAUACUCUUCGCAAGGCCGGGACUUCGAGUGCUGAUGACUUAAUUCAUCUUCAGCACGCUAAGGCCGUCCUCUCCUGAAGGAAGAAAUGAGGGGUAAUGUAACAUCUGAACCCCUCACCAAAAAAGACAGGAAAAUACCACCUCUCCUGCUAAAUAACUAGAAAAGUUUGUAUUUUCAAAAGAAGAAAUACCUCAUUUCAAGUUAACUCAAGGACAACUGAGAUUGCACUUUAUAGUAAAGAAUGGGACCUUGUCAGGGCAACAGCACAGUCUUACACUCUUGUGUCCCUUUGAAUGUAAACAGAGUUAUAGAAACCACUCCAAUGUGAAGGCUCCCUCUGCCCACUCACAGAUACUUGCAUAGUGUGUUGGCUGAUAGCUGUGAGCUGUGUCAGGCUUUUUUUGUUUUGUUUUCAGAUGAGUCUCUGUUACCAGGCUAGGGGGCAGU